CACGGUGUUUCGACGAUAUGAGAUCUACAAUCACCAUCGCAGCUCUAAGCGCUGCUACUCUUGCGACCGGAAAACCCGUCUCCUCUACCUCGUCCCUCAAUCCCGGCAAAUCCCUCAUAGCGCGAACUGCAGAUGGCAUCUCCUCGUGCGGACCCGACUGGAUGGCCAUCGACAACGUAAAAACGAACAACAACGCCAUAGAACGAAGAGGAUACAAUGGAGCCGUCGAUCUUUUCUGUGCCAAAGCCGCUGGCCAAAAUGUCGGAAAGGACAAGUUCCUUUCCAUGGCGUCGCGUGUUUGGCUUGAUUACGGUGGAAAUCCGAGCACGACGGGGAUCAACGGAUAUGUGUAUUUUGAGAUUCACAAUAAGAAGGAAGAGGGUGGACAUGUGGUGAAUGAAAACGAUUGCAAAAAAUACCUCACCACCCUCUCCGCCCCCAACUCCAAAUGCUACGGCAAAGACAACGCAGACACAAAAGGCGGAACCUACCAAGUCGGCCCAGAAUCAAUCUCGUACCACGCGCUCGCCCAAAAAUUCCCUCCAUCCCCUCUAUCCGCCCUCGACGCCCCCGUCCUCCUCGACACCGCAAUCUCCGAACUCCCGAAAUCACCAUCCGGAAAUACCUUCACCUCCUUCCCAACAAACGUCUUCAACGACAUCACCCCGCUGAAAUGCCACUCACACAACGACUACGAGCGCCCGCGCGCCCUCUACACCGCGCUAAGCACCGGCUGCAUCUCCGUCGAAGCAGACGUCUGGGUGCAGAACAACAACAUCCUCACUAUAUCGCAUUCGUCGGACCCGGGCCCCAACGCGCAGUCCCUAACCGAUCUAUACAUCGCGCCGCUCGUCAAACUCCUCGAAGCGAACAAUGGCGCCGUGUUUCCGAAAUCUCCAGACACGGGGUUGUACUUGCUCGUUGAUUUCAAGUCGAGCGACGGCGCGAAGACGUUUGCGGCGCUGGUGGAUAAUCUGGCGCCGUUGAGGGAGAAGGGGUGGUUGUCGCACUUCGAUUCUGUGUCCGGGAAGUUGGUGAAGAGGCAGGUUACGGUUAUUGUGUCUGGGAAUGCGCGGACGGGGAUUUCGGGGGAUGUGCCGGCGCCGAUUGAGCAGGUUGAAGGGGAAUCGACGAAUCCGGGUCAUGCUAUUUUCGCGGACGCGGUGCUCGAUCGGGAUUUGAAGAAUUUCAAUGCGGGGAAUGCGUUUUAUGCGUCUGCUAAGUUUGCCGGGAAGGUGCCGUUGGAGCAAGGGACGUUGGAUAAGAUGAAGGAGGCGAAGGCGAAAGGGUUGUUGGUGAGGUAUUGGGAUAUCCCUGGUGGGCGGGACAAGUGGCAGAAAUUGGUUGAUCAGGGGGUGGAUUUGUUGGAUGUCAGCGAUUUGGAAGAGGUUGCGGGGGUGGAUUUUCAUUUGUGA